AUGGCAAGUAGCGACUUACCUUCGGGAGUGGUUGAUUCUCCCGAGGCGGGGGAUAACACUGAACUGUAUCAAGCUGAUGAUAAAGAGGAAUACAAAUCGCACAUAAACGUGGAUCUCUCGGACAAAGAUUUAAUUGAAAUCCAGAAAAUUCCUCCUCAAGCUACACCAGAAGGAUCACCAACUAUUUCAAGGUACAGCCUUUCCUCAGAAGCAGAACACGAACGUCCCGCGCAAUCAAUUGUAGUGACAGGACUACCGAAUAGCGCUUCGGCCAGUAUUGAGAACUUAGCGGAAGACUCUAAUACUAUCACCAGCAAUUUCUGCGUGCGAAGACAUUAUCCCUGCAAAUACAACUUCAUCAAGCAACAUGGGACAACAGCCUCGAAGAAGCCUACGCGUACAAUUCCUAAAAAUAUUAUGACCGAAGACCCCCAGGAUUUCCAGCAACGACAAAGAGUGGUUGAAACGGAGGUUACAGGAAACUGUCGUCCGUGGUCAGAGCAUGUAUAUAAACUGUUUCUAGAUACAGAAGGAAGACUAGCAUCCUUAAUGGUUUUGAAAUGUGAAAUCACGUUUGUCGAUGUAUUUACUGAUGUCGAACAUGUGUUGUAUAGAUCUAGAUUUAUUGGUGGAAAAGCCGAUGGUGUUACCCAGUUAUUUGUAUUCGAUCUCAUGAAAGUACCAUGGGAAGAGAAAAUUCCAAAAUCUCAAGCUAUCGAACUCAAUGUGGACAGUAUGAGCUCAUCUCCGAUAUAUACAUGCGCAGAGACGUUGCUAAAUUUGAUACAACUCGAGAAGUCAUAUCUGAAGCAUCGCCAAUUUGAAGGACAAUUGAAUGUCACUAUAAGGUUCGCUCAUGCACUCGGCUGGGACGCAAAAGAUGACGAAAUGAGACACAAAGUACACGAAGGGUUGCGCAACUUAUAUCGCGAAGGAAUCAACUUGGAAGUAAUGAGUGCAGACGUUGUAUUGGAGGAAAUGCGAGUUGACGACAUUCUGAUUUCUGACGAAGAACGUGUGCGACAUCACAUUUCUGCAAGGAGCGCCUGGACAAUUCCGCCUAUGAACUUUAAGACUUACGAAUCGAUAAAGGAAUCGAAUCUUCGUGAUGAAGACAAAACUGAUACCAAGUCUCAUACAGGAGAAGACGGCCAAUCAAUGUUCUCAGUGGGAUCCUCAGUAGUUGAACGACCCGACCAUCAGCCACCAGAGAUUAUGAUGUCAACGAUGGACGAUGGGUAUUAUGUCUACACACAUUCCAGUUUAUGGGCGAUGUUGAGAGGAACAAAACGAACGAAGAGUAUUCUGGAGGAGACCAUCGAAUGCUCCACUUAGCGUCCAAUUCUAGUGAACAAAAUUGUUGAUUGAUUUAUUUAUUGAUUGUUUAAUGUACAUAUUGAAUCUAAGAUUUUAUUGACAAUUUGCAUUCAAGUACUUGUUUUCUUCAACUGCCACUUCAAAAAUAAAUAUGCAGAAUUUGAAA